AAUGACAAGCGUAAAAAGAACCUCUUUUCCCGAAAAUUUCCCUUCUACAAGAACAAGGACCAGAGUGAGCAGGAAACCAGUGAUAUUGACCGAGGUCCCUGACGACAUGGGAUCAAAAGGCCUGAAGCAUGUAACCUCUAAUGCCAGCGAUAGUGAAAGUAGUUACCGCGGCCAAGAGGAAUAUGUUUUGUCAUACGAACCAGUCAAUCAACAAGAAGUCAAUUACACUCGACCUGUGAUUGUUUUGGGACCCAUGAAAGACAGGAUAAAUGAUGAUCUGAUCUCAGAAUUCCCAGACAAAUUUGGCUCGUGUGUUCCACAUACUACAAGACCAAAACGAGAUUAUGAGGUGGAUGGACGUGAUUACCAUUUUGUCACUUCUCGAGAGCAAAUGGAGAAGGAUAUUCAGGAUCACAAAUUCAUUGAAGCUGGCCAGUACAAUAAUCAUCUUUAUGGAACGAGUGUGCAAUCAGUGCGAGAAGUAGCAGAAAAGGGUAAACAUUGCAUUCUUGAUGUUUCUGGUAAUGCGAUCAAAAGGUUGCAGAUUGCCCAGCUGUACCCUAUCUCCAUUUUUAUUAAACCCAAAACAGUGGAAAACAUCAUGGAAAUGAAUAAACGCUUAACAGAAGACCAAGCCAGGAAGACAUUUGAGAGAGCCAUGAAACUGGAACAAGAAUUUACUGAACACUUCACAGCUAUUGUCCAAGGAGACACCCUGGAGGAGAUCUACAACCAAGUGAAACAGAUCAUAGAGGAACAGUCUGGCCCUUAUAUCUGGGUUCCAGCAAAGGAAAAAUUAUGAAAAUGGAUUUUUAUUUUUCAUUUUCUAACUGACAUCCACCACUACAUCUGACAACUCUUAAGUCCUUCCAGUGGAGCCUGCCUCUAGUUCUCUCCAGCGUGGUUCAUGUCCUAACCAUUGCAUUCUGCAGUUCCCAUAACGCUUACAUCUGGUGUCUCUCUUAGUUCAGAUAAUUUGUAUUAUUGUGUGUUGUUGGUUUGCCAUUUUUCAAGCAAGACAGUGGAAUGGCCUGACCAGCUAUUAGUUUGGGGUGGGUCGGGGGGUAGGGAAUUACUUGAUAAAAUUCCUUAAUGUUUAAGGGAGAGUAACUUUCAAAGAUUUUUUCAAAGAAGCUUUGUAGACAUUCUUUUAAAAUUUCAUAACAAUUGCAAGAAGAGUUGUACUCAUGGAAGUUGUAAAUCAUGAGCCACUUUGCACGCUUACCUUUAAUAGCAUGGUUCGGUCAGGGCAAUCAAUUUCAGGUUUAUUUUCUGAGUUUUUUUUUUUUUUUUGUCAUGAUAUUUUUUUCUUUCCAGGCAGUUAAAGAGAAACUUUUAAAUCUUGAGUUAACAUUUUCAUUAACUCCCAUUACUACUUCUCAAGGGAUAUUCAUUUUCAUAAUUUCAUAUGGAUAUUCUUAUAAUCUAUUUUUUCAUUUUUUUGCCAAUAAAAUUGCUAGGGACAAAGAUGUGUAACAUUUUUAAUCUUCCUCAUGCAACACUAUUUAUAGUGUCUUAAAAAAUUGUUUAUAGAUAAUGGUCAUCACACUUUGGAGCCUAAAACAUGUUAGGUGCUAGGAAACCUUGUAUUUUACAAAGGAAUGCCAAGUUUCCAUUGGCAGUAAUACAGAAAACAGCUGCAGAGAUGAUCUUAGGUCAAUGAGAGUGUGAUUCGUAGCCUAAAAAUGUGUGUGUUCUUAGGGGUCAGAUUUUAAUGAAUAUUUUACCCACAAUAACUGCCUAUUUUGUUAUAAUAAAUAUAUAUAUAUAUUAAACUUUCUUUAACUAAACUCUGUAACUAUGGGAAUUAUUUUCUUUACAUAGUUGCACACACGUAUAAAUAUAUAUAUAUAAAAAUAUAUAUUUUUCUUUUACCACCUACUCCUAGCUUUUUGUUU